AUGUCUUUCAAAAGUGACGACCCUAUCGGCAGGUUGCUGCAGGAAGGCUCCCAGGAGAAGAAGAAGUCCAUCCUCACCAGAUCAGUAGAAGAUACAGGCUUCGUGUCCCCCUUCAGAAGAGGCCUCACUUCUGCCUCUGCCGCUGCCUCUGUAUCAGCUUCCGCUUCCGCUUCCAGACACAGAAGGUUCUCAAACGACUCCAGCGACUCGGACUCAGACUCCAGAGAUGCUCACAAUGCCGCCAGCGGUGGCAGGAGCGACUCCUCCCGCAGCGACUCCUCCAGCGACUCAGACAACGAGCAGAAGAUCGCUGUGAACCCCUUCACAAACAAGCCAGCCUACAACAAGAACGCAAAGCAGAUGAAGUUCCCCACCGUCAGCGCUACCUCUGCGCUCGCCAACCAGGACCCCAAGGAGCUCGGCUUCAAGACCCUCGACAAGUCCACCAAGCGCGCCAAGGACAUAAAGUUCCCCGUCUACCUGACCGAGAACGAGUUCAGACAGCAGACCAUCCUGAAGGAGCUGGAGCUCAAGGAGGGAAAGCUGCAGUACUUGAAGGACAGCCAGAAGAUCAUAGACCUCACCAUAAGACAGCCUGACUCCGACGAAGAACAGCAGGACGAGCAGGACGAACAGGACGACACAGAGGUCGAGGACAACGUCGAUGCCGAAAACCAGCAAGCCCACACUAAGGACAACGACACCAUCACCGACAAGGAGGACAUGGCCUCCCAGGACGCCCCAGAAAAGGAAAUGUCCCCAAGAGAGGACUCCUUGCCUCACCCAGACGCCGCAGAAACAAAGAUCAUGCAACACAAGGACAUCGACGCACCAAAAUUGCAAGAGAGAAAGCCAACCCCAGAUGUCGAUGUCGCCGCCGAACAAGCGGAAGAAGUCGCUGAAACUGACGGCGACGUCGAUGCAAAAGAAGUCGAUGCGGAAGCCGGUGCGGAAGCCGAUGCCGAAGCCAAGGCUGCUGACGCUGUUAUGGACUCAGAAGCUGAACCAGAAUCUCAGGAAAAAAUGGCUCCAUCAGUUAAGGACACCUCUUCUGCUCUUGCUAGCGAGGACUUGGAAAGUUACAUGACUGUUGAAACCCCUCAACCAUACGAUAAGGUCCCAAGAAUUCCUUACACUGAACAACCAGAAUCCGGUAAAAAGUUCAGCUCUUUCUUCAAGAGAAAUGACAAUGCAGGCCACCCAGUUAUCACUGACGUCCCUGUGAUUCCAGAUCAGAGCCAACUCGAUUUCCCAAUUGCUACUCCUGAAAACCCUGAAUUGAUCGCAAAGACCGAGGAAUACGGUUAUAUGUCUAAGCCUAUCUACGAUAAGGUGGUCUAUGAUGAGACCAACCAUAGACGUUGGUUAAAGGGUUUCAAGAAAUCCGAAAAGGCCAAGUACGAUGACAAGAUGGAAGAGUACAACAAUGAGUUGGAAGAACUUCAGAAGGAAAUAGACAUGAUCAAUGAGUCUAUGGAGAACCUAAAGAAGGAAACUGCUGACAAGAUUGAAGUUAGUGAAAAUAACUUGGUAAAGAAGAUAUUCGAGAGGAAUACUUUGCACAAUGAGCAGAAAAAUAAAAUCUUCAAAGAAACCGAGAACAUCAAGAACCAGAAGAUUCAACAAAAGAAAGAAAUUCUUGACAAGCACGCUGUUGUUCAAGAUGAGAUCACUCAAUUGAAUGACAGAAAGAAGGAAGUCAGAGAAGAGUUUGACAAGUGGACUACAAACAUGACUACCCUCGGCCAACAAUUGGAUGCCAAGAUCAUGAAGGUGACUCAAAUAACCAUGAAGCAAGAUGAAACACAAAAGGAAAUCGAAAAGCUAGAGACCCAAAAGAAAGAAUACCAGGCUCAAAUAGAUGCAGCCAAGAAAGAACAUGAAGAGGGCCAAAAGGUUGUGGAGAGUUAUGAAAACAAGGAAUACUUGCCAAAAAUCCACACAAUCGAUAACCAAAUUUCAGAAUUGUUGAAUGAACUCGCAAUUAUCAAGCAAGAAAAUGCCAAUGAGCAAACAGAGUUAAGCAAGAUAACUAAGGAGUUAGAAGAAGAGCGUCGCGCUCAUGAAGAGAAAUUGAAACUAGAGGCAGAAGAGCGUGAACGCCAAGAGAAGAACUUGCUAGAAAAGCAAAGAUUAGAAUUGGAAGAAAAGGCCGAACAGCAAAAGAGAGAGCAUGAAGAACAAGUGCGUAAAAUGAAAGAACAGUAUGAAAAUGAGUUGAACAAUGUCAAGAAACAGAAAGAAUCUUUGGAAACGGAAAAAUUAGUGGAGGAACACAACCGUAAUGAGAAUAUCAAAAAGGAAGUUCUUGAUAAGCAACGUAAACAAGCAGAGGCUCAACAUGCUGCUCAAACUAAGUCUAUUGCUACCAAUGCAGCAAACGAUAUGCAAGAUAACUCCUUGUAUGAAUUCAAGACAGAAGAAGAAAUCAUGUAUGUUUAG